GUCUUUCGUCCUCCCUUUUCUUUUUUCCCAACUCUUCCCCUCACCUCCGCCGCCAAAAAGCACCCGCACCCCCAAAUAACAGCUCUUCAACAUAUUUAGGCUAUGAGCGAGUGAAUGGAGACCUGCGGGUUCACUCCCGGGGUAUAUUCUGACUCCUUUUCGGGGUUUGGUAGGAAAACUUGGAGGGAGGCGGGGAAGAGAAGGGACCUGGGGCUGGAGGAAGGACGAGAGCAGGAGCCCCAGUGAAGUGCCUGAAGUUGAAGGAUCCCGGAUGUGCAGCUAGAGGGACCCUUAGAGAUCGUUUCGCCCCAUGUCUUACCGAUGAAAAACGACUUGCGUAAGGUCACCCGAGGCAACGAAGUGACAGAGCCAGGAUUCGAACUCAGUUCCUGGUGGCUGUUUGAACUGGCACGCAUCAGUGAUGGAUUCAUCGCAGGGAGACUCUGAGCCAUGGUAUUCUCAGCGAGCGUACGCAAGAUACUGGCAGCAUUAUAACCAAGCCAUGCAGUGGCUGCAUAGGCACCAGAAAGCCUACAGGAAGGCUAUGCUGUCAUUCUACAGUUCCCCGUGGUAUCUGCCUUCUCGCAUUCCAAGCAGUCGUUAUGCAGACUGGGCUGGAGAUGACCAGGCAGCCAGGGAGGAUUAUUUAUCUUCCCAUGGUUGGCAUAACAGAUCUCACCAUCCUAGAUGGUCACAGCAGCCCCCUGGUAAAACCCAUAGACACCAAGUGACCACGAAAGAAGACCAUGUUUCUUCCACAAAAGAAGAAUCAGAUUCAGAUGGGGAAAUAGAAUGUGAUUUGAGUAAUAUGGAGAUCACAGAGGAGCUCCGCCAGUAUUUUGCUGAGACAGAGCGACACCGAGAAGAGCUAAAAAGACAACAACAGCUGGAGGCAGAACAUCAGGAUAUGUAUGUAGAAGCUGACCACGACCUGCACCCAACCACAGGUCGGUCUGUGCAGCCGCCCUCGGAGAGGCCAGGAGAAAGGCGAAUGGUCGAAAUGAAGAAAUUGUAUGGGGAAAGCGCUGCCAAGAUCCAGGCCAUGGAGACGGCCAUGCAGCUCACUUUUGACAAGAACUGUGAUAAAAAACAACCCAAGUACUGGCCUGUUAUUCCUCUGAAGCUAUGAACCAUAUGAAGCCCCUGUGAAAUCUGUGCUCUUAAAAAUUAGGGUCUGAUGUCAAUGAUACUGCAUCAGGUUUUAGAGUUCUUACUCAUUCUGAUGUACUUGAGAUAAAGCGUUUACUUCAGUAAAUUUGGGUAAAUUUUAUAUUCGACAUCCAAAGUGUUUCCAAGAGCCAUUGCAACCUAUGUGGACAGUUCGGAGAUGUUAAGCAUUAGAAUGAAGGAUUUAGACCAUCUUGAUAAAAAUAAAACUUACUUUGUAUCAAAAGCAAUCAUCUGUUUGUUGAAAUGUUUUUUUUUAAUUAAUGAUUAUUAUGUUCCAUAAUUAAGUUUCUCUUGGGAAUUCCUAGGUUUCCUCCUUUUAUAUUAUUUUCUUCCAUCUUUAAUCGGAAGGCAAUUAAACAAGUUCCUUAAUUUG